AUGGGAAAAGAGGGAUGGAAGAGAAGGGAGAGGGUACAAAAGACCGGCUUUCCUGUGCUACACUGUCGGCACCCCUUCUGUCCUGGGCCAGUCUGGCUUGCGGGCAUUGUGAGUCAUAGCUGGUGGACAGCAGCUGAGCGGUUCAGAGAGGGGCCAGGCCUGGGACAGCAGCUCAGCGCCUCCAACACAUCCUCCAGCAGUGCCCCUGGGUCGCCUUCAUCAUUCUGGACACCGGGGCUCCGGAGGCAAGGGCGCAGCCCCGCUCGCCCACGUCCCCGAGGCUCGGCAUCCGGCACCCACGGGCCAGACAAGGCCCACUCGGCCCUCGCCCUGGAGGCCUUCGGGUGCCCGGCUACCCGGCACACCGGCCGCCUGUGGGGGGAGCUGCGGCAGUUCUGGGAGGACCACUUCUCGCGGCGCUUCUCGCCACGGCGGCCGCCGCUGCGCCGCAUCUCCUCCAUGUCCGCCUUCUACCUGCUGGACCACCGGACGCGCCAGACCGAGCUGGGCCUCAGCUACGGGGCGCCGCGCACGCGCCUGAGCAACGAGGCCUUCGUGUUCCGCGGCGGCCGGUGGACCGCCGAGGGGCUGCCGGUGCGGUCGCAGGCGCCGCUGCCCUCGCCGACCAUCUCGAUGGGCUGGAAGGCGCCGGGGCAGCGGGCCAAGAGCCAGGUGCUGCUGGAGGAGAACAACUACCUGAAGCUGCAGCAGGAACUGCUUAUGGACAUGCUGACCGAGACCACGGCGCGCAUGCACCUGCUGGAGCAGAAGCUAGACUCCGAGGCCAGCCCGGCUGCCGCGGCGCGCGCCUGGCAGAGGAAGAUGCGCAAGCGCGAGGGCGCGAGCGGCGUGCUCAUGAUCGAGCCGCGCGCUCUGGAGUCGCGGUGA